AUGCAACCAGGUCUCAAAGCAAAGAGCCGUGGGCUUCAGGCAUUUGCUCGUGGCAAGUCUGACAGCAACGCCAACUACAAUGCUGCCACCGAAAAUCCGUCUCAACCACAGCCAGAGCAACGCCCAGCCACGCCAAGUGCAAAUGAAUAUGUUCCGAGCCGACAAGAACUAGCGGAGUUUGCCCGACUUCCUCUACCUGGAGCUGUCCGCAAUCCGCUAGGUAGUCCUCGCCCCGGUGGUCAGCUCAGUAACCCGCAGAAGCCUCAGUCACCACUGAGACGAGGUCUUGCAUCACCAGUCAGACAACAAGUGAACCAGAUCCAAGCAACUCACCAACUGCAGCAUGACAUCUUCACCGGUUCGCAGCUGGGGGAAAAUUUUAUGAUGUCAGGGCUGUCAACCCCUGUUAAUGAAUCUGAGGACCUAGCCAUCAGACGAACUCCAGACAUCAAGAUAGAAGACCAACGCCAAGAUCGAAAUCUUAUUCAAAGACUACCACCUAGGCAAGUGCCGGUCACCACAAGCCAGAAGCAUGAAUUUGCGUUUGGUGCAGAUGGUCGACUCUCUGUUGUCCCAGGUCUGCACCGCUACCACCCAUCACAUAUGAAAGAUGGAUUUUACAACAACGAUGCUCAACUCGGCCCAAGGCCAUUCAAAUCACAAAAGUCGGCCUAUAGUCUCCCAAUGCAGUCAGCUCCAGCCCAUACAAAGUUGCCAAUGCGCGGAGUUCGAAUCAAUCGUGGACAGCUUCCAGGAACCAAUGCCCUGAUCAUUCAAGAAGAUAAAGUUAAAGACAAAUUCAUUGAACGGAGGGACGGACAGUGGCAAGAACAGGCUAUCGAGGAGAAAUUUAAUGAAUCCAUCCUUGUGAAUGAUUCGGAUGACGACGUUGACGCUCUUGGUGCAUUUGGCGGCAUGCAUACGGCGCUCAAGCCCAAUAUGCAAAAUGGACAUCGCACAAGGAGAGAAGAUGGCCUAUCUUCGAAAAUUUCCCGAAAUGCGCCGGCCAAGGAUAAAAAGCGUAGACUACCGAGCCUAGACUAUGACGACAAAAUCCUCAGUUCCAUGACAUAUCAAGAUCUUCAGGAAGAGCCGUUUGAUGUUGUGCCGCAAAUACCUGGGAUGAACGGCCAUGAUAUGUCUACUUCGAAAUUAACAACGAGGCUUGAACAGUUUCAGCAGCAAGGGGAGCACGAGCAGCGUCAGUUCUUUGCCAACAUGUCAAUUGAGGAUUGGGAAGACUCUGGCGAUUGGUUUGCUGAUCAGUUCUCGGACAUAAUGAAACGUCUACGAAACGCUCGACGCGAGAAGCGUGAAAUGAUUCGGUCGUUUGAGACAGAAGCUUCUCACCGAGAAGAGGCCAUACGCUUGCAGACUGAUGCUAUCGAUAGAAAAUUAACCAGGAUGAAGCAAGAUGGCCAACGAGUGGUCGGCGACAAGGAUCUGUAA